CUCCCGCCCCCCCAGCGCCCCGGGGCUGAGCGCCGGGCCACCACCCCGGGGACAAGGCUGUGUGGGGACGCGGCCGUCGCUGCCGGUAGGACCCGGGGACCCGCCGAGCGUCACCGCUGUCACCGCCGCCACCGAGUGUCGGGCGCGGCGGGAGGACGGGGCCGGGCGGGGGGCGGCAGCGGGGGCAAGCGGACCCGGUGCCCAUGUGCCCGCGGAACCGGCAGGGCCAUGAGGCGACGGUGACAAUGACGGGAGGUGGCGAGGGGAUUCUCCGGCCUUGGAAACCCGACCCGGGGCAAGCGGAUGGGGGGCGGCCGCCCUCGGUCCCGGCGCUGCCCUUGCCGGUGACGGUGCUGGCCUGGUUGGGCAGCGGUACCGCCAUGGCCGGACUCAACAAAUGGAUCUUCGCCGCCCACGGCUUCCGCUACCCGCUGCUGCUUUCCGCCCUCCACAUGCUGUCGGGGGUGGCCGUGGGUUACCCCCUGGGCUGGGCGAGGACCCCCCCGGCCCCCCGCCCCACCGCCCGCAUCUACCUGCUCAGCCUCACCUUCUGCACCAGCGUGGCCUUGGGCAACCUGGGCUUGAGCUCGGUGCAGCUGGACGUGGCCCAGGCGGUGGCCGCCACCACCCCGCUGGUCACCUUGGUGUUGUCGGGGGUGCUGGUGGGGCGGCGACAUCACCCCCUGCAGUACUUGGCCAUGGGGCCCCUCUGCGCCGGGGCCGCCUGCAGUGUCGCCGGGGGGCUGCGGUGCCACCAGCCCGGCUGCACCUUCCUCCUGGCAGCCACCGUCCUCCGAGCUCUCAAGUCCAUACAGCAGAGUCUGCUGCUGCAAGAGGCUCAUCUGGACGCCCGUUCCCUGCUGGCCCUGACCUCCCUCCCCAGUUUCUGCCUCCUCUUCGGGGCUGCCCUGGCACUGGAGCUGGGUCCCUCCUGGCAGGGGGUCCUGGGCUACGACUUCACCCUCUGGGUCUGCGUCCUCCUGAGCUGCUUGGCCUCCGUCCUCUACAACCUGGCCACCUUCUGUGUCCUCUCCCUCACCUCUGCCCUCACCGUCCACGUCCUGGGCAACCUCACCAUGGUGGGCAACCUCCUGCUCUCCCGGCUGCUCUUCGGCACCAGCCUGAGUGGGCUCAGCUACCUGGGCAUCGGGCUGGCACUGGCUGGCACCUUCCUCUACCACCAGCCCGGAUUGGUGGCAGCUGGGUGGGCUGCACGGCCAGGACGGGGUGGCCCCGGCAGGACAUAGGGGACACUGGGAUGGGGACCCCCUGGGAAGGACCCAUGGAGAUGUGGAACCCUCCCCACCCAGGAUGGAGUGAGGUUCAUCAGGACUGGGACAUCGCCCCAACCCCCCCAGGAGGGAGCAGGGUGCCAUGGGGAUGGGGGCCUCCUGGGAGGAAGUAGGGUCCACUGGGACAGGGACCCCUCCAGGAGGGAGUUAGGGUCCCACAGGGGCCUCCUGGCAGGGUGUAAGGUCUCACUGGGACAGGGAAUCCCUGGGAGGAAGCAGGGUGCCAUGGGCAGACCCUAAGAGGGUGUAGGGUGUCACUGGAAUGGGGACCCUCCAACAAGCCAUAGGGUGCCAGAGGGGUGGAGACCCCCAAACAGAGAGUAGGACUCCCCAGAGAUGGGGGCAGAGGGGAGUGGGGCUGUGAGGAGUUGUGUGAGGGGCUGUGUGCACACAGGUGUUGGCGUGCACAGAACAGUGCACGUGGAUGUGCUGGUGUGCAUGGGCUUGUGCACCAGUGUGCACAGCUCUGUGCAUGUGUGUGCUGCUGUGUCUGUUUGCACAGCUCUGUGCACACGCGUGUUGGUGUGUGAAGGCUCUGCGUGUGCAAGGGGGUCUGUGUGCAUAGAUCUGCCUGCACGUGGGCCCUGCAAGUGUGGCUCUGUGUGCAUAUGUGUGUUGGCAUGUAAAGGCUCUAUGUGUGCAAGGAGGUCACCUGCAUGUGGGCACGUGUGUGUUGUACACAUGUGUAUAAGCACAUCUGUGUGCACAGCUCUGCUUCAGUGCACAGGUUGUACACGUGCAAGUGUGUUGCUGUGUGUGCAAAGCCUUACAUGCAGCUGUGCCCGUGGCCUGCUGUGCACAGACUCGUGUCUUGUGCACAGGCUCUGUGUGUGCGAGCAGAGCUUGUGUGUGGGCAGGGCUGUGCUGCUGUGUGCUUGUGCAGAGCCUUGUGUGCAGGUGUGCACAGGUGUGUUGGUGUGCACGGGUGUGUUGGUGUGCACAUGUGCACAUGUUCUGUGCGUGGCCAAACCCCUCCAUGUAUGCACAGCUCUGUGCAGGCUGACAGGCACUGGUGUGCACACUCUGUGUGUGCCAGUGGGGACCUCCAUGUGCCUGCACCAUCCUUGCACACGUGUCCUGGCUCUGCACGAGUGUCUCUGUGUGCACACACAGGCUGCAGAUGCUCAGGGAUGUGGCUGUGGUAUCCAUGCAUCCAGGGCCAUCCUGCCUGUGGAAUCCUGCCUGUAGUGUGUGUGUGUGCAUGUGUGAAUGUGUGUGUGUGUCUGUGUGCAGAUGUGUGUGCAUCACUCCUGAGCUCUCUUGGCUGGCGUGACCCCAGGGCCGUGUGUCUGCACAGUUCUUGUGGCCAAACAAGAUGCCCAGGGAAGGGGUGGGUGUCAGUCCCUUCUGUCCCCAACCUGCCCACGUUGUGCUGAUCCCAUGGGACUGCUGGCAGUGCCAUCACCCCUACUGGGCCCUCCUGGCCACCACCACCUCUCCAGCUCCAGACCCAUCCAUCCCACCUCCCCAUGGCCACAGCAGGCAGGAGCAGGCAAAGACAGCGAGACCGCCGCCAAGGGGAUGGGGACAGCUCAGACCCAACCCCCAGCACCCUGGGACAGUGUUGGGCUGUGGUGUGGCAUAUGGCAAAGGGACAUCCCAGUGUGCCACCAUCCAUGCCACCAGCACACUCCUGUUGGUGUACAGCAGCUCCACGCUGCUGCCAUGCUCACCCUCUCCGUGCCAGGCCCGAAGGACCCAGCUCUGAUUGCACUUGUCCCAAAAUAAAGCUCUAUUUUUGUCAUACUC